GGCGACGCCGUUCCGUCGUGUACGCACGAUGACGUGAGCGCGUCCGCAGCCUAGCAGCAGAAAAAUCGGCGUAAACAAAGCAGCGAGUUACGAAUCGGCUAACGCAAAUCAGCUAACGUGUCGCGAGGGAAAUGCCUAGUGUGGCUGCGUUAGGCGAUUUUGGAAAAAACUGUUUUAUUGUAUUGGUGAGAGAAACUUUAAUUCAUAUGGGAACGGACUCGCUCAGGUGCUGAGACUGAGGCUAAACGAGUUAACGAGGCACUGUUAUCCCUAGCACCAUUAGCUUUAGCUAACGGGACACGGAUUUUGUAUUUCUGGAAAUCGAUGUUUCCAAGAUAACGUGUAUCGAUAACGCAUGGUGACGGCUCACUUGAUUCAUCGGCGCUGUUCAGGCCGACGGUUUUUUAAAGCUGCCAACGCUGACGUUACCAUGAGUUAGUUUGCUAUGCGGUUAAUGUAGGUUAAGGGUCUUACCGCUGGCUGAGCUAGGGCUGGAUGUUGGUGUGACGGUCCUGGCCGGAUGACCGUUUGACUGCAGUCAUCUGGACUCGGACUGCGAUGUUCAGCCUGAUGGCGAAUUGCUGCAACUGGCUAAAACGUUGGCGAGAGCCCGCUAGGAAAGUGACUCUGGUGAUGGUGGGACUGGAUAAUGCAGGGAAGACGGCCACAGUACGAGGAAUCCAAGGAGAGAAUCCCCAGGAUGUGGCUCCAACAGUAGGCUUUUCCAAGGUCGACCUGAAGCAGGGCAAGUUCGAAGUGACCAUCUUCGACCUCGGUGGUGGGAAGAGAAUCCGGGGCAUAUGGAAGAACUACUACUCGGAGUCACAUGGUGUGGUUUUUGUGGUGGACUCCAGCGACGUCCAGCGGAUCCAGGAGACGCGGGAAACAAUGGCCGAGGUCCUCCAGCACCCACGCAUCGCCGGCAAACCUGUGCUAGUGCUUGCCAACAAACAGGACCAGGAGGGAGCACUGGCUGAAGCAGACAUCAUUGAGAACCUGUCGUUAGAGAAGCUUGUUAACGAGAACAAGUGUCUCUGUCAGAUCGAGCCAUGCUCUGCCGUCCUGGGUUACGGCAAAAAGGUUGACAAGUCCAUUAAGAAGGGCCUGAACUGGCUCCUCAACAACAUUGCCAAAGACUACGAGGCCAUUACUGAGCGUGUGCAGAAGGACACGGCCGAGCAGCGCGCUCAGGAGGAGCAGGACAAGAAGGAGCGGGCGGAGAGAGUACGGCGGAUACGAGAAGAGAGAGAUCGACAGGAGCGAGAAGAGGCAGAACGAGAAGGCAGGCCGAUCCAGGAAGAGGAGCCUGGUGAGGAAAACAUACCCAGCCCCUUCCAGCCAAUCAACAACGUAAUCUCUGAGAACGAGGAUAAAGAAAAGGAGAGGAAGAGGCAAAGAGAGCUGCAGGAGGGCAGGACUAAUAGCCUGAAGGCAGAUGUUGAUCAAGAGGAAGAGGAGUACGAGGAGGACAAUGACGAAGAACCAGAUGACUCAAGACAAACGCCAGAAAAUGCCAGUUCAGCCACAACAGACGAGCAAAGCAAGAAGAAGACGAGGAAGCUGCACCUGAAGAGGAAGCACCGGGUAGACCCGCUGAGGACAGAAGACGGGCCAGCGGAGAGCCCCACCCCUCCACCUCCUCCAGUGGGAUGGGCCACACCCAAAGUUUCUAGGCUGCCAAAACUAGAGCCACUGGGGGACUCGAAACAUUCUGAAUUUUCCAAGAAGCCUCUCCCGCCUGUUGCGAACAGGCCGCGGCCUAAUGGCGACGCUCAUGACGUCAUUUUUUAACCUCUUUUACUGAUUGAGGUUGACUCCCGACCAAUCACGGCUCUCCCCUUUGCUUUCUGUCUCAAGCAAGCGGUGUGUAGACAGCCAAACAGAAGACUCGGGACUCCAGGUGGGAGCCGGUGAGCUUGGAAGUGGGGCGGACAGGAAACACAAGGGCAUCAUGGGAAAUGAAGUCCUGCUCGGACGCUGUAAUUUGGUUUCACAAAUUGAGACAGUUCAGUGUGAAACACUGAACCUGACUGAAGGGAUUUUUGUCAGGUUCUGUCUUCGCUCAACAGAAGCAUGUUGGGGGCUGAAGUCUCUCCACUACUUAAGACUGAAACUUUAUUUUUUAUCAUUAAUACCAGUGUUAAACAUUUUGGACUCCAUUUCCAACUGAAAUGCUUUUAAUUGACAAAGAAUGUAAAUAUGUUAAUUAUAACCUUAUGUAUGUUUAUGUCUGUUACUGAAUAAUGGAUUUGUAUACACACCGCCAUUAAAAAUAACCACAUUUUAUUCAUUUAUUUUUGCAACUUCAAUUUUGUAUAGUAAACAAAGGUUCAUAUGCACUUUUUUUUACUCUGCAAAACUGAAGAUGCAGGAAUUUGUAUUGUGGAUGUACCUGAAUAUGGGUCAAACGGAAGAGUGGCUUCUUAAGUGGCUUUUUACAGCUUAGUGCUUUAAAUUUGAUCUUUUUAAAAUCAGACAUAUUUCUCUUUUUACAACACUAAGUAGUGUGAAAUUAGGAUGAAUCACACCUUGCAAAUGGAGGUCGAAACAGGUGAGUUGUGGAUGUACAGUAAUUACACAUACUGUACUGUACAUGGAAACGUGUUACACUACAUCAUGAUUGUUAACUGGUCAAUUUUAGUAAUGAAUGUCUACACAUUUCACUUUGAUUACUGAAGUUUUUAUGGCCAUGAAAAGAAAAAUACAGGUUUCUUUAAAAAUCUAUAAUAGGGACCUUUUUUUUUUUUCCUCUUGCCAGCAGCAUCCUAAAGGAUC